AUGGAUUGCAAAGCAAUAAUAAGAGCUUUGCUGCUAUUCCUCUCGUUGGCAUAUGCAACGGCAUUAAGUUGCCCAGAUUCCGAGAGAGAAGCACUUCUGAAGUUCGCCAGAGAUUUCAACCAAACUGCAGCUGGCUUCUCUCCUUGGGAGGGAAACGAUUGCUGCGAAUGGGAGGGCGUGGAGUGCGACAACCGAACCGGACAUGUCGUGCAUUUAGAUCUUCAAGGGAGGCCGUUUGCCGGCAGCAAAUUCGAUCCUUCUUUGCUUCGUCUUAAGCAGCUGAGCUACUUGGAUCUCAGCUACAUUGACCUUGCGUGCCUCUCGAUUCCGCCGUGGAUCGGUUCGUUCAAGAAGUUAAACUAUCUCAGCCUCUCGUCUUCCAACUUUUGUGGGGUGGUACCCACUCAGCUCGGAAACCUAUCAAGACUUCAAACCCUCGAUCUUUCCGGUAACAAUCUUACAUUGAGUAAUGCUGAUUGGCUUUCUCAACUUACCUCUCUACUUCGUUUCGAUAUGAGCCGCUCUUCGAUUGAGAAUACCUCUAAUUGGCUACUAGCAUUGAACAUGCUUCCUUUACUACAAGACAUUAGUUUGGCGCGCUGCGAAUUUGAUAACUUCCCACAUUCCCUCCCGUUUGUCAAUUUUACCUCUCUCUCCCUUUUGGAUCUUUAUGGCGCAUCACUUUGGGAUUUUUCUAAUAACAGCAAAGUAAAUUCUAGCUUACCCGACUGGUUGUUUAGAAUUACUUCCCUUCAAUAUCUUUAUCUCACUGAAAGUGGAUUUACAGAGCUCAUUCCAUUUGCAAUUGGAAACUUGACUUCGCUGAAGGUUCUCGAACUAGAGUCUGUUGACCUUGAUGCCGGGAUACCGUCUAGUUUGAGCAAUCUCUGCCAGCUUCGCAAGCUACGUUUAUUAUUUUCCACAAUUAAUUCCCAGUUAGACACAUUUGCUGAGUUGUUUUCUGGGUGUCUCCAAAACAGUUUGCAAGAGUUGGAUUUAAGAUUCACUUCUCUAAGCGGGAACAUACCGGAUUGGAUAGGUAACCUAAACAAUCUACGUAUUCUUGAUCUUUCAGAAAACUCGCUUUCUGGUUCGAUCCCUGCCUCUCUCGGUAAACUGCCCAAAAUACGGAAGUUAUCUUUUAAUGACAAUAAGUUAAAUGGCACUGUUUCCGAAAGUCUCGGGAACCUUAAUGAGCUCAUAUCUUUGGGUCUUAGCUCCAACUCUCUUGUUGGAGUUAUUUCAGAAUAUCAUUUUUCUAACCUUACAAAGUUAGAGUAUAUCGACCUGAGUAAUAACCCCUUGGUUUUGAAUCUGAGCCACAAUUGGGUUCCUCCUUUCCAACUCAGUGAUUUGGACUUUAGUGGCUGUAAAUUAGGCCCCCAGUUUCCCUCAUGGCUUCAGACGCAGAAGCCUCUAAACUACCUCGAUCUAUCUUCUACGGGCAUUUCAGAUUCAGUGCCAAAUUGGUUUUGGAACUCAAUGACCAAUCUUUCAGUUGUUAAUCUUGCUAAUAAUGAGCUACAUGGUGUGCUACCCAACUUAAUAAAAUUCAGUGAUGAUCCAGAAUUAUCUAUUGAUUUAAGUUCCAACUUCUUUGAGGGACCAGUGCCACGUUUUCCGUCAAACACGGGACAAUUAUAUUUGUCAAACAAUUCAUUUAUGGGCCCUAUUCCUGAUGAUAUUUUCCAGCUAAUGCCUAAUUUACGUGUGCUUUCGCUGUCAAUGAAUAAAAUAAAUGGCAGGAUUCCCGUAUCUAUUUGUGAUUCACAAUUGAUUAGCCGCAUAUCAAUUUCAAACAAUCAUUUAUCAGGAGAGCUCCCGAAUUGUCCGAAUCACACCACUUACUUAGAAGAUUUGGAGCUUUCAAACAACAGUCUUUCCGGAGGAAUACCCAAAUGGCUUUGUGAUUUACCUUGGUUUCAAUCCUUGCACCUAAGGGAAAAUAGUUUAUCUGGAGAGCUUCCCUCAUCCUUAAAGGCCUGCAAGAGUCUACAUACUCUUGAUCUUGGUGGUAACAUGUUUACAGGAAGGAUCCCAAUCUGGCUUGCAGAGCUCUCGUCUCUCAAGAUUCUUAGCUUGAAAUCAAACAAGUUUGUCGGCCAAAUUCCAACAGAACUCUCUAAUCUUACUGCUCUCCACAUCUUAGACCUCUCAGACAACAAUCUUUCAGGGCCUAUACCUAUAAGCUUUGGCAACUUCAUGUCCAUGAGGACCCCUCUCAACUACAUGUGUGAUUAUUUUCCCCCGCUUGAUAGUUAUUACAAUCAUGGGAGUUUUUAUGGUGAGAAUAUGAUAUUGGACAUCAAAGGAAGAGAAGAUCUAUAUGGUUGCGAUCUUCUUUCGCAAAUGACGAUCUUGGAUCUCUCUCGGAAUAGCUUGUCAGGACGCAUUCCCGAUGAACUAACAAAUCUUCUCGGAUUGUUGGUAUUUGACUUGUCGAGUAAUGAUGUAAUGGGACAAGUACCGUCCAAGAUAGGCAAUGAAGGCGAAGCCGAAGGCCCGACAAUUGGCCAGUCAAGUCAAACUCCAACUAAUGUUUCAGAAAAUGCUGACGAAAAUCGAAAAGAAAUCUUACUCCUUUGCCUUAUUACAAUAGCAGGAUUUGCAGUUGGGUUUUGGGCUAUUACUGGAGUUCUGUUGGUAGAUAAAAGAUUUAGGAUUUGGUGGUUCCGAUAUGUAGACAGCUUGUAUGACAGUCUCUAUGUAACCUCUAGAGUAUGGUUUGCAAGACUCAAGAAAAAGAUGUCAAAAAUAAACACAACUGAUGGCUGA